CAGUGGUUUGGGCAGAAUAUUGGAGGGAGGAUGAGACAGCUGAUGUCCAGGCAGUGAGCAGAGAAAAACGGCUUGGAGUUGGUGUUCAGCAUGGCUCUGGAGAAGGCGUCGCUCCUGGGAGCAGUGCUGGUGUUGUUGUUGGCAGCUCAAGUCCUUCCGUCAGUGUCUGGCUGCAACGGGGGAUUCUACGAGAGGAUGAUCAAUGAUCUCUGCUUAGCCAAGUUCAAAUUCGAUAUGGGAGGACUGGACCGAGGGCUGUGGUGCAGCUGGCCGGACACCACGGAGCUCUACGAGGGACUGACAAACUGCACCUACCAGGUGGCCCUGAGGGUGGACUGCUUCUGGCCGAACCAGAUAGUCGACCGCUUCUUCAUGCAGAUUCACCGGCUCUACUUCCACGAUUGCGCUCUGACUGGCCGGCUCCUCCACGACCCACCGAUCAGCAUCCUGGCCCCGUUCAUCGCAGUGCCGGUGCUGGUCACCCUGCUCAUGACCGCCCUGGUGGUGUGGAGGAGUAAACGCACAGAGGGGGUUUUAUAGAGACCUGCUUCUGGAUGUGGGCUCAAGGCUUGUAAAUACGGACUCCUGACAGGCAAAGACUGAGCAUGUGAAGGAUUUUUGAGUGAUUUUGCACUUCCAUUGUCUUGAAAUUGUGUUAUUCCCUUAGUAAUAUGAAUAAGUGUUUUUGGGCAGUGCAGUGAAACAAUGAAUAAAAGGUCUAUUUCGUAUAAAAAAGAAUUUAUCUGCGCAUAUUUCGCAGUGGAUAGCAUCACCAAUAUUGGGGUGUCAAAGUUUGGCAGGAGAAAGUAACAAAGUAUUUGAGAUUCAGGGGAUUUGGAGGCCAUGCAUGUUAAUUACCAUCUGUUCUCAUGGCCCUGAACAAUCUGUGAACACAUAAAUAACAGUAGAGAGGAGGGCUCUCAGGGAGACACCAAUGACUUGGAUAAAUUAUUGUUGUAAAUUUUGCAAGAGAGGUGAAGGAAGAGAGGAAAAGGGAGCAGAAAUGCUGAUUUUAUUCUGAUCUCAUCUGCAGAGCUGCACUCAUUUGGAGGAAACCAAAUGGUGCCUGGAUUAAAUUUUCAUGAACGUGCUGAUGAUUUGUUUACAUUCAAUGA